GGUCCUGGCUUACAGCAUGGCUGGAAUCUUUUGCUGUGUCUCCCACUUCUCCUUGCUCUUUUAAUAGGACUCUGUCUUGGGCUCCUCCAAAGUAACUAACAGCAAGCAGCUGGGAUCAUCACCAUGGUUCCCUAAAGAUGUGGCAGGUCUGCAACACAGCACUAGAUUGACUGUUGGCCACACUCGUCUUGUGGUAUUCCUGGUGAAAUUCCUUUGCUUUCAUGUGGCACUGCUGUUGAGCCCUGUCCUACCCCUGUGUUUGCAUCCCUUUUGCAAGCUGAGUGGAGAUGUCCAUGUUUCUACACUUAUUCUGUAGCUGUGUUUGUAGUCUUUUCUUGCCACAGGGUCAAGAGUGUACUCCUCCUGGAGCAGAGAGGAGAUACUGGGAAGCUGCUUAAUUCGACCCUGGCAUGAAGUCAAAAAGCCUUCAGCACUCAGGAUUCUCUCUCUGUGACAUGUAAGCAAGUUGCCUCUCUUCCUUCUUGAGAAGCAAAACAGCUCUGGCUUGGUCCUUCUCUCUCUGGCAGGCAUUUUCACCAGCUCACGAAUCAGGGCUGGCUGAGGGGUGCCUAUCUUGCUGGGGGUCUCCAGCUCUGUUCUCUGCCUGUCCGGGUGCUGAUCACAGCUGUCCCCAGCAGGCCCAGCUACCCUGUAAGAUGGAGGAGGACGAGCUGCAGGAGAAGGAGUUCUUCUCGUGGGAAGGGUUCAGCGCCUUCUUUGAUGCCUGGUGCGAGCGCAGGAAGGUCCUGUUUUUCGUCAAGAACUCGGUCCCGCUCAGCAAAUGCAAGUGGGCAACGGCGCCCCCGCAGCCUGACGUGGUGGAAGCCCUCAAGUACAGUUCCGUGCGCCUGGUCUGCAAGGACUUUCGUGGCUCUGGCAAGCUUGAUCAGGGGGAGCAGCAGAAGGGCUGCAGUGCCAACAUUGUGCUGAAGAUGAGCCCCAAGAAGGACCGGCUGAUUGUUACUGAGUGCCAGCUGGCCCACAACCAUGCCCUGUGCCCCAUCGAGUUUGCCUACUACUUCAAGAAGGGCUAUCUGAUGGCCAACUCCUGCCUGCCAGUGCGCACCACCAACAAGAUCUCCAAGCAGUUUGUGGGUGGGCCAGACGUCCGACGUCUGCUCUCUUACUGCAAGAGCCGUGACCACGGUGUCCUGGAUGUUCUGACCGUGCUGGACGGGCUCUUCGCUAGCGAUCCCGGUGCCAAGGUCAAGCUGGUUUUCAUGGAGGACAAGGUCAUUGUGCAGACCAUCUUCUUCCUCAGUUCACGCAUGAUGGCGCUAAGCCGGCGCUUCCCACUCAUGCUCUUCUUUGACCGCAUGGUGGGGCUGAAUGAAGAGUUUGACUUGUACUCAGUGUUGUGCGUGGACGGGGCCUGGCAUGGCCGCGCGGUGGCCUAUUGCCUGACGCAGCAGGACACGCCCGACCUGCUGCGCUUCAUGCUGGCCUCACUGGUGCAGAGCGUACCUGAGGUCAAGCUGCAGGUGCGAUGCGUCACACUGGGGAUGGAGAUUGCCCACUUGGAGGCGGUGAAGGAGCUGCUACCCAAUGCCCGUGUGCAGAUCUGCCGCUCCCAGGUGUUGGAGAUGCUCUUCAGCAAGGCGCAGGAGCUGGGCGCCGCUGAAGACGAGCGCAUCUGGCCCCUGCUCUGCCGCCUGGCUGCAGCGAAGUCACCGGCCGCCUACCAGCAGGCGGUUCAGGAGAUGAAGGUCAUUCUCCCCCAGCCCUUUGUGCGCUACUUCCAGCGCCAUUGGCAGCCGCGCAGCGAGAUGUGGGUACAAUUCUGGGCCUUUGAGACAGCCCGCGAUGUCAAUGCCUGUGAGCUGCUUAAGCAGCACCAGCGCCGGCUGCUGGCGGCCCUCAGCCCCUCGCCCACUGUGGCGCAGUGUAUGUUGGAUCUGCUGGCCAUGGAGGAAAGCAGCGAGGCCCACGAGCUGGACGAGGGGGAGCUGGCCAUGCACUACCGUGCUAUCUGCAAGUCGGAGCCGGCUGGCCUGAUAGAAGAGGAACUGGGCUUUGUGCGGCAGAGCCACUACCACUUCCAGGAGACGGCCGAAGGCUACCUGCUCCAUGACGGCGUGUCCGAGUUCAUCAUGGACCGGGCCCUUACCUGUUGUUCCUGCUCCAUCUAUACCUCCAGCCUGCUGCCUUGCCGCCAUCUCUUUGCCACACGCCUGCAUGCCGGGUUGGCCCUCUUUGACCCUGGUUUGCUGCACAGGAACCGGGCGGCAUUGCUGAGCACAUGCUAGGGCUGCGGGGGACCCCAUUUGCUCUGGUUGCUUACUGUGUAAGUCAGGGACCAGUUGCCCACCUGUGGCUCACGCAUCAGGGCAGAAGCCCAUUGCCACAGUGGCAGUGCCCUGUAUUGAUGUCAUGCUGGAUGGGUUGCCUGGGUGCUGGUCUUUGUUUUCACAAGAAAGAAGGGAAAGUAGCAGGUGGGGACCACAGCAGGCUGAGUCCCCCUUAUGGGCCAGGAGCUGCUGACCCAUAGUGAGAGCACCUGCAACGUGUGCCAGGUAGGGAUCCCGAGGUGGCUGUGUACCUAGGUAAGCUACGUACUAUUGGUGAGGGGUGCUCUCUUUUGUCUGAGAACACCCACAGCCACGCCGGGGAGGGACAGCUGUAGGCGGGGUGCCUAUCUUGGGCUGUGUCCUGCUGUCGCAUAGCUGACAGCACCUGCAACUUGGGAGGGGCAAGGAUUCCAAGGUGUCUGUGUGUCUGUCGGGAGCUGAGCACUGCCUGCCUUUAGCUGAGGGAAACCACAGGCUUCUGGCAGGGCCGGGUGGGCAGAUGGUGUCAGGUGGAGUGUGACGCUUUGGCGUGUCUGCGCUGGCAGGCUCAGGCAGGCAGAUGGUGGCAGGUAGGAUGUGACAUACUGGGAUAGCUAUGCUGGCAGGGACAGGGUGGGCAGAUGGCACCAGGUGGGAUCAGAUGGAUGUUUGCAUUGGCAGCAGUGGGAGAGUGGAUGGGGC